AUGGUACCGUUUCCUAGACUUCAUUUCUUUAUGCCUGGAUUUGCUCCACUGACGUCAAGAGGAAGUCAGAAUUAUAGGGCUUUGACUGUGCCAGAAUUGACACAACAAAUGUUUGAUGCUAAGAAUAUGAUGGCAGCUUGUGAUCCACGUCACGGAUAUCUAACAGUCGCAGCAAUAUUUCGAGGUCGAAUGAGUAUGAAAGAAGUUGAUGAACAAAUGUUAAAUGUUCAAAACAAAAAUUCUUCAUAUUUUGUUGAAUGGAUUCCUAAUAAUGUAAAGACUGCUGUUUGUGAUAUUCCUCCAAGAGGUGUUAAGAUGGCUGCUACUUUUAUUGGAAACUCUACUGCUAUUCAGGAAUUGUUUAAGCGAAUAUCUGAACAAUUUACUUCUAUGUUCAGACGCAAAGCUUUUCUUCAUUGGUACACAGGCGAAGGAAUGGAUGAAAUGGAAUUUACUGAAGCUGAAUCUAAUAUGAAUGAUUUAGUAUAG